AUGGCUGAUAAGAGCGCACGCCAAGCUCCUGGGAGUGGUGCAGAAGCGUAUGCACGCUCACGCCAAUAUGAUUAUCGUGCAAAUUCCAACCUCGUGCUCACAGCCGAGACCAGGACUCGGGAAGCUGCGGAGCCCAGUGGGGAGCCAGAGACGCUCUGGGGGCGGAUGCCAGGCAAGAUGGGCGAUCGCGUGCAGUUCAACAAGCCCGAGGGCCUCAGUGAGAAGAAGGCCAAACAGAAGAAAAAGCGCGAUGCUAUUCUGGCAGGGCAGGACCCAGACAUAGAGGCUUCGAAACGGCGGAAGACCACAGUGCUUGAUCUGGAUGCGGCGGGGUCAUAUCGGCCAGCCACAAAGGAGACUCGUGCCGCCUACGAGACCCUGCUGGAUUUGGUGCGCAGCCAGUUUGGGGACCAGCCGGCAGAUGUCCUCAGAGGAGCUGCGGAGGAAAUCCUGGCUGUCCUGAAGAACGACCACAUGAAGGACCCGGACAAGCACAAGGAGAUCAACGCGCUCCUGGGCGAGGUGGACAGCGGCAAGUUUGCGGACGUGGUGGCGCUGGGCAAGAUGAUGACGGAUUACUCUGUGGAUGCGGGUGCGGAUGAUGCCGGCGCGGGGGACAUCCUGGACAACGACAUCGGCGUGGCCGUGGAGUUUGAGGGAGAUGAUGAUGAUGAGGAUGAUGACGACGUGGACGAGCUUGUGGAUGAGGAGGACGAGGGUGACGAUGAGCCUGGGAGGGUGGAUGAGGUGAAGACUGGGAGGGAUGUGGAUGCCGGGGAGGAUGAGAGGGAAGAGGGGCUGCACCCACAGGAGAUUGACGCCUACUGGCUGCAGCGGCGGAUAGCUCAGGCGUUCACAGACAUUGACGCCGAUGCGAGUCAGAAGCUGGCAGAGGAGGUCCUCGUCACUCUGCAGAGCGGUGAUGAUCGGGACGUGGAGACACAGCUCGUGCAGCAGCUGGACUUUGACAAGUUCGACCUCAUCAAGGAGCUGCUGAAGAAUCGGCUCAAGAUUGUCUGGUGCACGCGGCUGCAGCGCGCACAGGCCGAGGAUGAGAAGAAACGGAUAGAGACGGAGAUGGCGGGCAGCCCGGAGACGGCGGUGAUCUUGGAUGCCCUGAACGCCACGCGUGCCAGUGCGCGCGAGCGCCAGGAUGAGCUGGAGCGCAAGAUCAGGGACGAGGCACGCAAGCUGCGGCAGGGCGUCGCAGACGGCACUGGAGCGGAUGGCAGCGGUGCAGCGGCGGCUGGCAGGACGACGGUGGACUUUGACUCGCUCGCCUUCGUCCAGGAGGGCCACUUCAUGUCGAACAAGAAGUGCGACCUGCCGAAGGGCUCACAUCGCACCGCCUUCAAGGGGUAUGAGGAGGUGCACGUGCCAGCCCUGAAGGCCAAGCCGUUUGAGAAGGACGAGCGGCUGAUAGCGAUCAGCGAGCUGAAAGAGUGGAUGCACCCCGCCUUUGCCGGCAUGAAGAGCCUGAACCGCAUCCAGAGCAGGGUGUGCAACACCGCGCUGUACACCAGCGAGAACAUCCUCAUGUGUGCUCCCACCGGCGCCGGCAAGACCAACGUGGCCAUGCUCACCAUCUUGCACGAGAUGGGCCUGCACAUGAGGAGCGACGGCACCAUUGACACCAACGCUUUCAAGAUUGUCUACGUGGCUCCCAUGAAGGCGCUGGUGGCCGAGAUGGUCGGCAACUUCAGCAAGCGCCUGGAGAAGUUUGGCAUCCAGGUGAAGGAGCUGACUGGAGACAUGAAUCUGACCAAGGGCGAGAUUGAUGCAACCCAGAUCAUUGUGACCACCCCCGAGAAGUGGGAUAUUAUCACGCGCAAGAGCGGCGAGCGCACGUACACCCAGCUUGUGCGCCUGCUCAUCAUCGAUGAGAUUCACCUGCUGCACGAUGGCAGAGGGCCGGUGCUGGAGUCCAUCGUGGCCCGCACUGUGCGCCAGAUCGAGGCGACUCAGGAGAUGACGCGCUUGGUGGGGCUGAGUGCCACGCUGCCCAACUACCAGGAUGUGGCCUCCUUCCUGCGCGUGAAGCCGGACGUGGGCCUGUUCUACUUUGACACCUCCUACAGGCCCUGCCCGCUUGCCCAGCAGUACAUCGGCAUUAACAUUAAGAAGCCGCUCCAGCGCUUCCAGCUCAUGAAUGAGAUCUGCUACAACAAGGUGCUGGACUCGGCGGGCAAGCACCAGGUGCUCAUCUUUGUGCACAGCCGGAAGGAGACGGCCAAGACGGCGCGCUUCCUCAAGGAGGAGGCCCUGCGCGAGGACAAGCUCGCCCAGUUUAUGCGGGAGGGGUCGGCCAGCCGGGAGAUCCUGCAGACGGAGGCGGAGUCGUGCAAGAACACGGAUCUGCGCGACCUGCUGCCCUAUGGCUUUGCCAUCCACCACGCCGGCAUGGCGCGCGCCGACCGCACCCUCGUUGAGGACCUCUUCUCUGACGGCCACGUCCAGGUGUUGGUGUCAACUGCGACACUGGCGUGGGGAGUGAACCUGCCGGCGCACACGGUCAUCAUCAAGGGUACGCAGGUGUACAACCCCGAGAAGGGCGCCUGGGGCGAGCUGUCGCCGCUGGACGUCAUGCAGAUGUUCGGCCGUGCCGGCCGGCCGCAGUACGACUCCUUUGGCGAGGGCAUUAUUAUCACAGGGCACAGCGAGCUGCAGUUCUACCUGUCGCUCUUCAACGCGCAGCUGCCCAUCGAGAGCCAGUACGUGGCCACCAUCGCCGACAACCUGAACGCUGAGAUCGUGCUGGGUACCGUCCAGAACCUGCAGGAUGCCGCGCAGUGGCUGGGCUACACCUACCUCUACGUCCGCAUGCUUUGCGACCCUGUGCUGUAUGGAGUGCCGAGGGAUCAGCUGGACUCUGACCCGCGCCUGCUGGAGCGCCGCCUCGACCUGGCCCACUCGGCCGCCGUCGUCCUGGACAAGAACAACCUCGUCAAGUACGACCGCCGCAGCGGCAACUUCCAGGCGACGGACCUGGGCCGCAUAGCGAGCCACUACUAUGUGAAGUACCACUCGCUGGCGACCUACAACGAGCACCUGAAGCAGACGAUGGGCGACAUCGAGCUGCUGCGGCUGUUUGCGAUGAGCGACGAGUUCCGCUUCCUGGUGGUGCGCGAGGAGGAGAAGCUGGAGCUGGUCAAGCUGCUGGAGCGCGUCCCCAUCCCCGUCAAGGAAGCUAUGGACGAGCCCGCCGCCAAGAUCAAUGUCCUCCUGCAGGCGUACAUAUCGCGUCUGAAGCUGGAGGGCCUGUCGCUGGGCAGCGACAUGCAGUACAUCCGCGACAGCGCGGGCCGCCUGAUGCGUUGCCUCUUCGAGAUCUGCCUCAAGCGCGGCUGGGCCAACCUCACCGAGAAGGCCCUGGGCCUCUGCAAGAUGGUCUCCCGCCGCAUGUGGGGCAGCCAGACGCCGCUGCGGCAGUUUAAGGGGAUCCCGAUAGAGGUGCUGACCCGCAUAGAGAAGAAGGAGCUGGCGUGGGAGCGCUACUACGACCUGAGCGCGCAGGAGCUGGGCGAGCUCAUCCGCCUGCCCAAGAUGGGGAAGCUCGUGCACCGCUUCGUGCACCAGUUCCCCCGCCUCGAGCUGGCCGCCCACGUCCAGCCCAUCACCCGCUCCAUGGACCUGACAAUCACGCCGGACUUCCAGUGGGACGAGAAGGUGCACGGCUUUGUGGAGGCGUUCUGGAUCAUCGUGGAGGACAGCGACAGCGAGGCCAUCCUGCACCACCAGUACUUCCUGCUCAAGAAGCCCUACGCCGAGGACGAGCACACCGUCACCUUCACCGUCCCCAUCGCCGAACCCCUGCCGCCCCAGUACUUCGUCAAGGUGGUGUCGGACAAGUGGCUGAACUGCGAGGCGGUGCUGCCGGUGUCAUUCCGGCACCUGAUCCUGCCGGAGAAGUACCCGCCGCCCACCGAGCUGCUGGACCUGCAGCCGCUGCCCGUCAGCGCCCUGCGCAAUCCCCAGUUCGAGGCCCUCUACACCAACUUCAAGACCUUCAACCCCAUCCAGACCCAGGUGUUCACCGCGCUGUACAACACGGAUGACAAUUGCCUGGUGGCGGCGCCCACGGGGUCGGGCAAGACGGCGUGCGCAGAAUUUGCGGUGUUGCGCAUGAUUCAGAGGGCCUCCCAGGACAAGGGCGUCGCCCGCUGCGUCUACAUCGCGCCCCUUCCCGCCCUCGCCCGCGAGCGCCUGGCUGACUGGACCACCAAGUUUGGGCCGGAGGGGCUGGGCCUGAACGUGGUGGAGCUGAUAGGGGAGACGGCGGCGGACACCAAGGCGCUGGAGAAGGGCAACAUCAUCAUCUCCACGCCGGAGAAGUGGGACAUGCUCAGCCGCCGCUGGAAGCAGCGCAAGAACGUCCAGAACGUCGCCCUCUUCAUCGUCGACGAGCUCCACCUCAUCGGCGGCCGCAACGGGCCUGCCAUCGAGGUGAUAACGUCGAGGAUGCGGUACAUAAGCAGCCAGCUGGAGUCGCCCAUCCGCAUUGUGGGCCUCAGCACCUCCCUGGCCAACGCCAAGGACCUGGGCGAGUGGAUAGGCGCCACCAGCCACGGCCUCUUUAACUUCCCCCCAGGUGUGCGGCCGGUGCCGCUGGAGAUUGUGAUCCAGUCGUUCGACAUCGCCAGCCUGGAGGCGCGCAUGCAGGCCAUGGCGCGGCCGGCCUACACGGCCGUGUCGGCGCAGGCACGCGAGGGCAAGCCCACCAUCCUGUUCGUGCCCACCCGCCGCCAGGCCCGCCUCACCGCCCUCGACUUGCUCACCUACGCCGCAGCCGACGGGCAGCCCAAGAAGUUCUUGCAGCUGAGCGAGGAGGACCUGGCGCCGUACCUGGCCAAGGUGGGCGACCGAGCGCUGAGGCACGCGCUGGAGUACGGCGUGGCCUUCCUGCACGAGACGCAGCCGGCCGCCGAGCAGGAGGUUGUCAACCUCCUCUUCAACACCGGCGCCAUCCAGGUGAUGGUGGCGACGGCGCCAAUGUGCUGGGGCAUGACGGCGGCGGCGGCGCUGGUGGUGAUCCUGGGCACGCAGUACUAUGACAGCAGCGGCGCCACGGGCGGCCAGGACUACCCCGUCACCGACCUCCUCCAGAUGAUGGGCCGCGCCUCCCGCCCAGACCUCGACCAGUCCGGCCGGUGCGUGCUGAUGUGCCACGCGCCGCGCAAGGAGUACUACAAGAAGUUCCUGUACGAGGCAUUCCCCGUGGAGAGCCACCUGGACCACGCGCUGGCGGACCACAUGGCGGCGGAGGUGGUAACGCGCACCAUCACCACCAAGCAGGACGCCGUCGACUACCUCACCUGGACCUUCUUCUACCGCCGCCUCGCCCAAAACCCCAACUACUACAACCUCCAGGGGGUGAGUCACCGGCACCUGAGCGACCACCUGUCGGAUCUGGUGGAGGGUGUGCUGGCGGACCUGGAGGGCAGCAAGGUGAUUGCAAUCGAGGAUGACAUGGACCUGGAGCCCCUCAACCUGGGCAUGAUCGCCGCCUACUACUACAUCGCCUACACCACCAUCGAGCUCCUCUCCUCCUCCCUCACUGCCAAGACCAAGACCAAGGGCCUCCUUGAGAUCCUCGCCUCCGCCAGCGAGUUCGACGCCCUCCCCAUGCGCCCAGGCGAUGAGGACUCGGUUCGGAAGCUGCUGCUGCAUGCGCCGCUGUCGGUGGAGGCGCCCAAGUGGACGAGCCCGCACACGAAAGCCAACGCGCUGCUGCAGGCCCACUUCUCGCGCACGCCCCUGGCCGGAGACCUCGCCGCCGACCAGCGCUCCGUCGUGCAGCAGGCCGUCCGCCUCCUCCAGGCAACGGUGGAUGUGAUCAGCAGCAGCGGGUGGCUGAAUCCGGCGCUGGCUGCGAUGGAGAUGAGCCAGAUGGUGAGCCAGGCGCUGUGGGAGCGCGACAGCGUCCUCAUGCAGCUCCCCCACUUCACCAAGGAGCUGGCCGCCAAGUGCGCCGCCGCCGGCGUCGAGUCCAUCUUCGACCUGCACGAGAUGGAGGACGAUGCGCGGCAGGAGCUUCUGCAGAUGAGUCAGGGGCAGCUGGAGGACGUGUCGCGCGUUUGCAAGCGCUACCCGGACAUCCAGCUCACCUACGCGCUACCCUCCGGCAACGCAGCGGCCGCCGGCGACCAGGUCACCCUCGUUGCCGAGCUCGAGCGCGAACUCGAAGGAGACCUCCGCCCCGUCGACGCCCCCCGGUUCCCGGGGCGCAAGGACGAGAACUGGUGGCUGGUGGUGGGCGACUCCAAGGCCAACACGCUGCUGGCCAUCAAGCGCGUGGCCCUGCAGCGCAAGGCGCGCAUCAAACUCGACUUUGUGGCGCCCUCCGCAGUGGGCAACCACCACCUCAUCCUCUACUUCAUGUGCGACUCCUACCUCGGCUGCGACCAGGAGUAUGAGUUUGAUUUGGAGGUCACAGAGGCAGAGGGGGAUGAGGGCGAGGAGGAAGAUGCCAUGGAGCAAGAUUAGGCAAUGGAUCCAUGUUCAAAGCCAUCCUGCUCGCUGUAUAUUAGUGUUGGAUUACAGUCAUGCAAGUAUUUUUACUGGUCUCUGUUUCCAGUUCUCUCUACGGCAGACUCAGAGUAAUUCGACGACAAGGCAGUCAGGAUGAUGCUGCCUGAACAAUUUGUGCACCUAACAGAAAAUGAACGACUGAGACAACAGGAGUAUGGACCCAGCAUCCUUUUCUUUUGACAUGCUGAAUGCUGGUUGUGGUUGUGAUACCGUCUGAAAUGUAUGUCAUGUGA